CGUGAACCGAUAGCUCUGUUUUUAUGCAUACCAUCGCCAGUUGAACUCCUGACUUUUGUGUCAACAGACACAGGUGCGUACCAGUCAGCCGCCAGGCGGGUGCGUGUGUGUUUAUGUACUUGCCCCGCACGGUUCGUUUCGAAGAAACUGGUCUGAGGUGGCGGUGUCAAUGCAGCGAGUUUCGAGACCAGUUUCGAGUCAUACGAUCGAGGUGUCAUUCUACGUCAUUGAAGGCCUUGUCCUUCGGGACAUCGAUCAAAAUCGGAACGAUACAGAAGACUAGCAUGGACCCUGCAAAUGGAUGAAGACACGGAUGACACGCACAAACCAUUGAAGGCGUUCUCGUCGUCAUGGACGGGUCGAUUUACACUGUACAAACUGCCGCUAGUGGACUGUCGAUGUCUAGAACAUUGUAAACGAGUCGGUGAAGGGACCAUGUAUGCGUACAGACGGUAUAGUCUUUCUGGAGACUGAGAUUGCUGUUCAUUCACUGUCGGUAGGCGCUCUAGUAAACAUCUUGUAAAGAGUGUGAAGACCAUUAUACUAAGUAUGCGCAGUUUGUCUAGAUGCUAUUCCAAGCACAGUGUAGAGAACAAUGUAUAUGUAUCGAGUCUAUAUAGUCUGUAUAAGCUGUGUGUAGAGACUAUAUAUGUAUAAGACAAAUGUAAAAAUCAUUAGGCUAUGUAUACAUGAACUGCACAUACUCUAUCAAGUACAUCGUGUACGAGUAAAAGCUGUAUGGCUGUGUGUAGAGACCAUGUAGAUUCUGACUAAACUGUGUGGGUAUAAGAGGAACUGUCUAUGUAGUUUCCUGUAGGACUAAAUGAUUGGCGCACAGAGAUCGUGUGGGCGAGGCUUUGUGCAAUCUAGUCGAUUGCAAACGUGGACCGAGAGAGCUGUGCCUAGAGUGUGGACACGUGUCUCGUCUCCUCUCCGAGUCUGUGAGCCAUCUCCCAUCUGUGCUGGGACCUCAGCUAUCUCCUCUGUCGGUAGGGACGACGAGCCGACGCCGAGGUAGUCAAUGUAACCCAGAAGCAGCUUGCUCGUGGGGUAUACUCGCGUCGACGCGUCCGACUGCAAUUACCUCCGCCUCGGACAGCUAUAGCGUCCACGUCGGAGCCGACUUAUUCGUGAGUGAGCAUUUCCAUGUCGAGGGAUUGGCUCAUAGCACACUCGUUGUCUUGGUCUAGUUUAUAAAUAGAUACACAACAGAUAAUUAGCUUAGAAUGACGGAUAAAUCUAUCCCCCCCUUCUCUCUCUCUCUCUGUUAGGAAAAGAAAAGAAAAAGGCUGGGCAGACGAAUAGGAGCUAACGAGAAGGAAAGGAGGGAGUCAGAGAGUCGAAAAUGGGAGUCGUACGGAGAACAUCUUGGCAAAGCGGCAUCGCCGCGCUGUGUUGCCUCUUCUCCGCUGCGGCUAUCUUCUCUGUGUGUCUUCUGCUUCGCGAUGUGAAGAUGACGGCCCGCUACACACUCACGGGGGUUCAAGUUGGUUGUCAGUCGUUUCAGCUAGAGCGAAGGAGAGAGGUGGGAUUUGGAGGAAUAGGAGUAAGCGGAGUACUAGUAGGUAGCGACACCUCAACAGCUUGUCACAAGGAAAGGGACUUGUGUGGUUUCCAUGCUUCAGAGAUCGAGCGAAUUAUCUCCCUUCCUCAUGGCAAGAAGAGUAGGGAGAAGCGGUUCUGGCUGGAUGGGCAAUGGCGUAAUUUGAGGAGUGCAUGGAAGAUCAUAGACAAGAAGAGGGCGAAGUACGUAUGCAUGAUCAUGAGUGUCCAGGAGGAGGUUCCUUGUCUCAGGAAAGAUGAAUGUUUGUUACCAUUGUACGUACGUCCCAACGCCUCCGAUCUGAACGUCGUUCGCCAGCUUUUUGAGCAUCAAGAAUACAGCUUCGUUGCGGACUUCCAUCCCAAGACGAUACUCGAUGCUGGAGGGAAUGUAGGGAUGGCGUCUGUCAUCUUCGCUACACUCGACGGGGAGGACACUAGAGAGGACGACCGGAUCCUGCGAUCGGCUAGGCGCCCGAUUGCCCAUUUGGCUUUAGGACCAGAGGGCGACAGAUACCUGUUCCGCCGGCGUAGGGAGAGGCUGCAGCAGCAGAGGAGAGCUAGAGCAACAGUGGCUAGCAGGGCGUUUGUAAGCGAAGCCGCAGCUUCGGUAGCCAUGGCCACUUCUGCGCAGCAAAGUUCCCAGGCUAGCAGUUCUGGAGCUGUAGGGUCAACGGUCGCGCAGACCCAGAGUCAGUCAACUGGCGUAAUGGCGAGCCAGCCCUUAGUGAUGACUCCCGAGGAGGUCGCCAUACAGCGAGCUGCUGAUCGCGAGGCACAACUACAACAGGCGUUGGGAGAGAUUAAGGCUGAGAAAGAGAGAAUGAUUAGGAGAAGAGCCAGGAUGCAGCGGAGGCAAGCGGACGUUGGUGAGUUAGAGGAGAUGGACACUACAGAGAUGGAGGAUGACAUGAGGACCAUACGGAAUCAGUUGGCUGGUGAGGCCAACAUCAAUGUGCACAACUUUCCCUUGUUCAGCAAGAAGGCCCUAGACCUUGAGGCAAAGAUAGGGCAUGGACAUAAUCCCACAACGGAUGGUAGGAAGAAAACACUGCCUCCCAACUGGAAGGCGAAGGCCCCGAAGGGUCGCAUUAUGUUUGUCGAUAACGAUGGUUCAACCAUCGAGUUAGACGACAACUUCCAGGAGGGAGUAGGUUCAGAGGAUGGCAGCGGGGAAGCUUCAGGGGGUGGAGUAGUCGCUGCCGUAGCUCAAAAAGGCGAGCCGGUGAAAAUGCCGUCGGAGAUAGAGGGAGUAGUUGCUAAAUACCCUGAUCUAUUUGAAGAGCUGACAGGGGUUGUUGAGAGGGAGGUCGUCCACACGAUAGAGAUUAUCCCAGGGUCUAGCAUCCCGAAGGGUAGGAUCUACCGGAUGUCUCCAAGCGAGCUUGACGAGCUUCGCCGACAACUCAAGGAACUCGUAGGAAAGGGUUGGAUCCGACGGAGUGGUUCUCCUUAUGGUUCACCAGUCCUAUUCGUACCAAAGAAGAAGGAAGGAACACUUAGGAUGUGCAUUGAUUAUAGGGGCCUCAAUGCCAUCACUGUCAAGAACAGAGAGCCCCUACCGCGCAUCGAUGACUUGCUAGAUAGAGUGCAAGGGUGUCGGUACUUCAAUAAGAUAAAUCUGAAGUCCGAGUACCAUUUGAUUGCAAUCCGGCCCGAGGAUCAACACAAAACCGCUUUUCAGACCAGGUACGGUCUGUACGAGUUUGUGGUGAUGCCUUUCGGCCUUUGCAAUACUCCUGGCACCUUUCAACACGCUAUGAAUCGGACAUUUCAUGACUACUUGGAUAAGUUUGCCAUCAUGUACCUCGAUGACAUACUUAUUUUUAGUAAGACUGUCGAGGAGCAUGUUGCGCACUUGGACAAACUCCUGAGUCUUCUGCGACAACACAAGUUCAAGAUCAACAGGAAGAAGUGCGAGUUUGGCCGCAUCCGUGUCUUGUACUGAGGUCAUGAGAUUUCCGCGCAGGGAUUAAAGCCCGAUGACGCGAAGGUGGCUAGCAUUCGUGACU